UAUACUCCGACACGAUCUCCUCUACGGACCAAACAAAAGAUCUAAUAGAAUGAAAAAAAGGGUAAUACAAAAAUCAACUCAGCAAAACAUAAUGUCCCCCAUCACCCGCAUAAUGGGAGAGAUUGCUCCGGCUUCGUCACGGCAAUCGCCGAUGGAACUUCCUCUACAGUUAAUCAAAUCAGGUACGAUUCCACCUGCCCCCACCCGAUCUGGACACGGUUCACAAGCCAACGCCGACUUUUUACUGGACUUCGCCCGACACUCAUGGAUCGCUUACGGCACCGGCUCUCUUGUAGUCAUCUCUCACUUUCAAGACCCUCUAAUGGAAGCGGAAGCAAAAGUAGGUCCGAUUUAUCGACAAGUGAUCGAGCUAUCUCGAGAGGUCGAUGUUUAUACCUCCGCCAUCUCUUGGUCCCCCGUCAUUCCUUCCGUCGGUGAGCUGGCCGUGGCAUUGGGCGAUCGUAUUGUGUUGUUGACGUCUAAUGAAGAUGAAUCUACCAUCAGUUCUUUUUGUUGGAGCCAGACUGCAAUACUGGCACAAUCCAUGAAGGUGGAGGCUAUCCAAUGGACAGGUUCAGGAGAUGGAAUAAUUUCAGGUGGCAUUGAGGUGGUGAUGUGGAGGAGAAAGGAGAAAAUAUGGGAAAUAGCCUGGUCAUUCAAACCAGAAGUUCCUCAAACGGUUAUUUCUACCACAUGGUCGGCCGAUGGAUUUUCAGCCACAGCUCCAUCAAGUAAAGUGCCAUUUGAAGGUUUGUCUUCUCCACAAAAUGAUUCGAGGCAAUGUGUUUUAAUUUUUGAAGGUGAUGAUCAUUCUAAGUAUCCACAAGCUGAGCUGCAUCAUCCAAUGCCUGUUAGGAUGAUUCAAUGGAGGCCAAUGGCUGGGAAACCAUCACAAAGACAUGUUAGGCAUGCACUCAGACCGGUGAUCUUAACAUGCUGCCUUGAUGGAGCUGUUAGGUUGUGGGGUGAAAUUGAUGAUGGUAGGAUUAGAAAAUCUGGAAGGGAUAGCAGCGACCAAAAAGCCGCAAAGUUAUCUUUUUGUGUCAUUGCGGUGAUAGAGAUAAACAGAAACCUAAACAGUUUUCCAGGAUCUGAUGUUUUUGUAAGUUGGGCAACAGAGGCUGAAGGCGUGGCUGUUACUGAUGAAGAAGUUCGCUAUUUUUCAUGCUUAGAUGAUCUUCAACAUGAGACUGCUAGUAGGUGUGCGUGGUUAGUUGGAUUUGGUCCUGAUAGAGCUACAGCCUUGUGGACUGUUCAUUGUCUUGAUGAUUUUGCCCCACUUAGAUUCCCAAGGGUUAAUUUACUGAAGAAGUGGGAUUCAGUCAGUUCUGAAGUGGAAGCUAGUGAAUUGUCUGUUCUUAAAGUUUUGAUGAUGAGGAGUACAGUUUUUGGCCCACCAGUUGUUUGCUCUUUGGUUCAAUUGUUACCUUGUAUUACUUUUGUUUGGAUUCAGUUAUAUCCUCAACCAUCAACUAGCACAGAAGUGGAAUCUACUAAUGACAGUCAUACUGAAAAGCCUUCCGUGGCCUGUGCAAAAGAAAUCCUAAAAGUUGAUGGCCACUCUGGAAAAAUUUUACAACUGACAAUUCAUCCCUUUUCUAUUGAAGUUGAACUUGCUGCUUCUUUAGAUGAGAAUGGAUUGCUUCUCUUUUGGUCAUCCCCUAUUUAUUUUAAUAGUCAUAUAGGCCUGCCAACAUCAACUCCCUCUUGGAAAAUUUGUGGAAGAACUUCUUUCGCUGAUCACUAUCCAAAUUACGUGUGCUUGAGUUGGGCUCCUGGAGUUCUCAGUGAGGACCUUGUUCUUCUCAUGGGACACGCGGAUGGUAUUGAUUGCUUUAUUGUGACACUGAAAAGUAAUGAAGGAAUAGUUGGUUUUCACAAAUUAUUUUCUCUUCCCUUCAGGACUGGACAUUGUGGAGGAGGGCUAAGUAGACUUUGCUCGAUUGCUCUUCCUUCUUAUUGUAAUGGGUGCUUUGUCUUUAGUAGAUUUCUUUUGGUAGCAUUAUGGAUGGAUGGUUUUCAGGCUUUAUCAUGGGAAAUAACUAUCCAUUGUCGUGAUUCACAAGGUAUCUGUCAGAAAGAGCAUUUGGAAACAUUUGUAAGCUCUUUUUCUGGUAAGAGUUACUCUAUAUCAGUUGAUCCUUGUUCAUCCCUCAUUCCCAUUCCUCAUGAUGAUGACAAGGUUACAAGUUAUGAUGUGGUCUGCCCCAAUUUUUUGGUUUCAUCCGUAGAGCAGAAGUUGAGUUUUGCUGAUGGAAUAGGAGAAUGCUGCUAUGGAUAUCAUAUGAUAACUGGUUGUGUUGAUGGAAGUUUAAAACUGUGGAGGAGCAUGCCAGCACAAUCCUUGAGCUCAGCUGCGUACUGGAGCCUUGUUGGUGUGCUUUCGACCAACCAAGCCCCUAUCCUGGCAGUAGGAGCUACUGCUUGUGGUCAAAAGGUUGCAACAGCCUCCAAAACCAAUCACCAAAAUAAUUCUUGUGCAAUUCUCAUAUGGGAAGGCAUGCAUAUCCAGAGCUCAAGCUGCUUUAUGCUAGAAGAUGAACUAUAUGUUGAGGGAGAAAUUGUUGCUUUAAAUUGGUUGAGGCUGGGAAAUGGUCAUUUGUUACUUGGGGUUUGUUUAAGAAAUGAAUUGCGAGUAUAUGUACUGAGAUGUCAUGGAGGUCAAGAUAUUUUGAAAUGCGAAAAGCCUUUAGAAGGACAUGCUUGGGUUUGCAUUGCAGUUACUAGUGCUUUGCCAGUUAUUUCCGACUUCCUUUGGGGCCCUAAGGGUACCCUCAUGGUUAUUCACAACACGUAUUUUAGCCUCUUCAGUCACUUUUUAUUAUCUUCUGAGCAUGGAUGUUCCAAAAGUCAUGUUCGUCUGUCAAAUGUUAUCCAUUAUAGCAAACACCCAGUAGAGGUCAUUGGUGGGGAAUAUCAGUCACAGCUCCCCGGAAAGAUUAGUACUAAAGAUGAUUCAAAGUCAAUAGCAAAUUCUGAAAGAUGUCAAUGGAUUCACAGUUCAUGUACUGGAAUUUAUUUUUGUAGCAUGUCAGAAAUAGCAGAAUACAUUGGAGGAUCUCUUCCUUUGUUCCACCCCGAGGCACUCUUGAUCAACUUAUCAUCAGGUAGCUGGAAACGUGCAUUAAUUGCUUUGCGUCAUCUUGCUAAAAACCUUUCUUCUAUCAAGUUGUCUGAACAAAGACAUGGAGCCAGAACUUCUAGCAACAUAAUUUCUCCAAUUCCCUUGUCAAAUUAUAUGGAAGGCCUCCUCUCACCUAUUUCGAGUGAGAAAUUAUUUCAGUGGAGUGGUCCACUAUUUGAAUCAGGGUUCUCACAUUUUGGUUCUGUUGGUGGUCAUGAUUCUCCAAGUAGUGCCCCAAUUUCGUCUUCGUCAAAAUCUGAAUUUUAUGACUUUGUAGAAGCUUUUGAGAGCUUAUAUGGUAAUGCACAGAUAACUGAAGUUGAGAAGAUGCAGGCUUUAGCCCUAAUUGAUCUUCUACAAGAAGUUGCUAACCCUCAUCGUGCUUCUGCUUAUGGGAGUCUAGAUGAACCUGGUAAAAGAUUUUGGGUUGCAAUUAGGUUUCAACAACUACAUUUUGCCAAAAGGUUCAGUAGGCUGCCACAGGUGGAAGAGCUGGUUGCUUCAUCAGGGCUGAUUGGGUGGGCUUAUCAUUCAGAUUGUCAUGACAAUUUGUUUAAUUCCUUACUUUCAGCGGAGCCAUCUUGGGAAGAAAUGCGAAGUAUGGGUGUUGGGUUCUGGUAUACUAAUGUAGUGCAGAUUCGGGUUAAGAUGGAACGGCUGGCUAGACAGAGGUACAUGAAGAACAAAGAUCCGAAGGCCUGUACGCUUCUUUACAUUGCAUUGAACAGGCAUCAAGUUUUGGCAAGCCUAUUCAAAAUAAGCAAAGAUGAAAAAGAUAAACCAUUAGCAGGAUUCCUCACUAGAAAUUUUCAGGAGGAUAAAAACAAGGCAGCAGCUCUAAAAAAUGCUUAUGUGUUAAUGGGGAAACAUCAGCUGGAGCUUGCAAUCGCCUUCUUUUUGCUUGGAGGAGAUGCAUCUUCAGCUGUUACAGUGUGUGCUAAAAACCUUGGAGAUGAGCAGCUUGCCCUUGUAAUUUGUCGUCUCAUAGAGGGGUGUGGUGGCCCUCUAGAGCGUGAUCUUAUUUCAAAGUUUCUCCUUCCAUCUUCUCUAUCAAGAGGUGACUUUUGGAUGGCGAGUUUGCUACAAUGGCUGUUGGGAAAUUAUUCACAAUCUUUCAUGACUAUGGUUGGCGUUGAAAUGAGCUCUGAGGUUAAUAUUUCUGUCAUUUCGUUUUCUCACUCUUCAUUUCUGGAUCCAAGCAUUGGUCAAUAUUGCCUAAUGUUGGCUACAAAGACUAGCAUGAAAAAUGCUGUUGGGGAGUUUAAUGCUGCAGUUCUACGUCGGUGGGCAGCGUUAAUGAAUGUUACUUCUCUUAGAAGAUGUGGACUUCCUCUUGAGGCAUUGGAGUGCAUAGCAUUGUCCAAUGAUCUCUCUAGUGGUCCUACAAAUGGGAGUGUGAUGUCUAGCUCAACCUGCAGUCUUCGUGUUGAAAUGGUGGAACAAUCUGUAAAGAAAUGUUCCACAAACUGGAUAUCAGAUGAGAUCUCCUGCCAUAUUGUAUCGCAUAGUAAGUUACAGAUGGCCAUGCAGUAUAUAUGGAACCUGUUAAAACAACAUCCAAGCUGUGUAGGCAACGAUAGCUCAUGUUUUGGGGGGUGUUUAAACUAUGAGGCUGACAGUCAAGAAUUCGAGAAAUUACUCAACGAAUUCUGUUGCAAAUUGGCUGCAGCUAUUUCAUAUUUCAAGCAGAAAUUCUUGUUGGUUCCUCGCCAUUUAAUUAGCAUGAUUGUAUUAUCAUUACACCAGAAUGGUUUAGAGUUUAUUGGAAAAUAUGUGUUGCGAGAUUACAUUCAGGAAUUUCAAUCUGAAGACGGGGGCAAUAAACCCGAUAAUCUGUUCUUUUGUCCGUCAAAUCUCCUGUUGAAAUCUACUGAAGAAAUCUCCUACUUGUAUUUGAAUUAUGUUGUCUCUUGCGAAAAGUUAUGGCACACGAAUCAUUUGACCAGGAAUGGUCUCACUGGUGAAGGCAGGUUUUGUUGGCUUGCUGCUUGGGGUUUCUCCAAUCAGGGGAUAGCACGGGCAUUUUGGUGUUUUAGAGCCAUGCUGCAGUUGUCUCUCAGAUCCUACUCUAGCGAAUCUUUGAAGUUACUUUUUAGAAUUCUACUUUUAUUUGAGUACCACGUAAUUUUUGCUUCGGCUUGGCUGCAGAAGAAUUUCAAAGCAGUUAUUAUUUCUGUUAGACCCGUGUUGCUUACAUUAAUGAGAGGUAGUAGCACCUUUGAGAUCAAGACGGAGGAUCUGGAUAAACUUAUUGCCGAGAUUGAGAAGAUACUUGCUCAUGAGUUACAGUCUGUCGAUUCAGUUAGACAUGUCAUAAUCAAUGGUCAGAAACAAGAACAAAGCGAAACAUUUCCAGAUGACAGGAUAUGGCUUGUCAGUGGUUCUUUGUGGAUGCAAAUGUCUAAAUUUUUGGAACAUCAACUCAAUAUAUUGUCUGAACUAAAUAAAAGUUACUCUUCUUCAUCUUUUCCUUUAUUGGAACUCAAAGACAGUAAUGUACAGCAUGAAAUUGGAUUGAUUUCAAGCAUGUCAGUUGAGCUUAUGAAGCUGGCAUGUGCAGAGAUCUCCCGUAAUUGUUCAAAGCAGUUUGCAACCUACCUGCUUCAGGAAGUAAAUCCAUUUAAGAUAUCCAGCCUUUUUGACUUGGAAGGUGGUCUGCCGCAACAAGGAGCUCAAGAUAUUAAUAAGAUUGAAUGUAUGAAGUUUGAAAAUGGCGACCAAUUGUUCGAUUUUGAACAGCUGUGGCAUGUUUGUACUGAUUUAAGAAUAAUUAAUGGUGCUUUUCUGAAAGAAUACCAUAAGUGGCUACUGCAUUAUAAACAGAAGUCUUCUAGUGGAUGGAUUGAUACAUAUGUAGGCAUUACAAGAGAGUUUGAAUGUGAGGAAACUUGGGAUAAAGAAGAUAGAUUGGGUAGUCCAAGUCAUACAAGUGGAUCACCUUUAGCUUGUCUAACUCCAAAUGAUCAUCCCUUCAAAGGUCAUGGGGUUAAUGAUUCAAGUGAAUCAAAAAGGUUUAUCCCUUUUCAAAAUCCUAAAGAAAUAUACAAGAGAAAUGGGGAACUUCUGGAGGCUUUGUGCGUAAAUUCCAUUGAUCAAUGCCAAGCUGCACUUGCUAGCAAUAAGAAGGGGCUAAUAUUUUUCAACUGGGAUGAUGGACCUAAUCGAGAUGAAUCUAAAUACAUAUGGGGAGAAGCUGACUGGCCCCGCAAUGAGUGGCUAGAUUUUUAUUCUACCUCAGUACCUACAUAUGUUUCUCCUGGCAUGGACCUAAGGGAUAAGAAUUGUACAAACAUUGGCUUUUCUGGAGCCUCAUCAUGUGAAGGUGCUUUGGCUGGACCUGGUUAUGCUGGAGUGGGAUCAUCCAGUCUUAGAUGGGGGAUUCAAGAAAGUUCUGAUGAGUUUUUUGAUCCACCUGCUACAGUGAAUAAUGUGAGGACAAGGGCAUUCGCUUCUCAUCCAUCUAGGCCUUUCUUCUUGGUUGGUUCCAGCAACACACAUACAUACCUAUGGGAGUUUGGCAAGGACACAGCUAGUGCUACGUACGGUGUACUUCCGGCGUCAAAUGUUCCUUCGCCAUAUGUUGUUCCCUCUGUGUCUGCAGUGCAAUUUGAGCAUUGUGGACAUCGAUUUGUGACUGGCGCAUUAGAUGGAACUGUCAGCACGUGGCAGCUUGAAGUUGGAGGAAGGAGUAUUAUUCACCCUACUGAAUCUGCUGCCUGCUUUAAUAAUCAUACUGCGGAUGUCACUUAUGUUACGGCAAGCGGAUCUAUUGUUGCUGCUGCUGGGCACAGCUCUAGUGCUAAGAUCGAUGGCGGCGCACGGUCCCUUUCCGUUUUUGAUAAUGACAUAGGAAGUGGUUCAAUUUCUCCCCUAAUUCUAACCGGAGGAAAAAGUGGUGAUGUUGGACUUCAUGACUUCCGUUACAUAGCCACAGGAAGGACAAAAAAACACAAGCAUGUUGAAACAGGGGACCACAGCAUCAGUGCCUCGUCUUCAGUUGAUAUGCGAAGCAAAACUGGGGACCAAAAUAGAAAUGGGAUGCUAUGGUACAUACCAAAGGCUCACUCAGGGAGUGUCACCAAAAUAUCUACAAUUCCAAAUACGAGCUUUUUCCUUACGGGGAGCAAGGAUGGAGACGUAAAACUUUGGGAUGCAAAGAGGGCGAAGUUGGUAUUUCACUGGCCAAGACUGCAUGAAAGGCACACCUUUCUGCAACCCAGCUCUCGUGGUUUUGGCGGAGUUGUCCGGGCUGGAGUUACAGAUAUUCAGGUCGUUUCUAAUGGUUUCCUCACAUGUGGUGGUGAUGGUUCGGUAAAAUUUGUUGGAUUUCGGGAGUGUCCACUGUUGACAACCGCUUAAGUUUGAUUUUCUUGUUGAAGCAAAAAAGAGGCACUCAUAGUUUUCGUAUUAUGCGCAUUUGUUGUCUAUCUGUUCUUCCAUUUGCACUCGUAAUCGACCUGUUCAUUUACUUCCCAAGUAGCAGCUCUAUUACAUUUUGGGCCUUUGGGGCCAUUUACUAUCUAUUAGGAGGUGAUUCCCUAUAACAAUUGAAAGUGAGAAUGUUUUGCUCUUCUUUCGAUGCAAUUUUUGAUAAGAACUCAGAAGGAAAGUUUCAUUCGCUUGAAAUGUAUCAUAUAUUGUUGUAAUGAUUAACAAUUAUUUUUUUUUUUUUGU